CCAUACAUACUUUUUGUGAUUCAAUUCGAGCGAUUUACAGCUGAUUUCAUAAAGAUAGACCUAUCCUAUGAGUUAGUGUGCAGGCGGACUUCAGCGGAGUGUAUAUUUUCAGGAAGAACCCAAAGUGUCUGGGAGAGACUAGUCAACCCUCAACCAACAUGCAGCGCCAUAUUCCCAAGGAGCAGAAGAUACUAGUGUACGAAUUGUCUUGCAUCCAUGGCCUCUCGGACAGACAUGUUAGCCGUUACCUAGGAAUCAGUCAACGGACCAUCGGGCACAUGCAGAAGACCUUCCGGGACACUGGUGAAGUGGGACACCAACUAGCUUGUCAAGGAUGGCCUUGUGCCCUUGAUAGCUUGGAAGUGAGUGUCAGUUUUUCUUUUAUUCUUCUGAUGUGCUGAUAAAACAAGUUUUUGAUUAGUUCCUUGAAGACACACGUCUCCACGAAGAAGAUGAGAUUCCUCCCC